AUGAUGGCUCUCCUGAUUGCCUUGCUCCUCAUGCUAGCACUCCUAUCCCUCAGGAAGGUGGCAAAGAGAAAGCAGGAAUCCAAGCACAAGUACCCCAGGUGUCUGCCCUCCCUGCCAAUAAUUGGGAGCCUGUUGCAUUUUGUUAGGGACCCACAGCUCCACCUCUUAUUCAGCAGACUGCAACAGAAGUAUGGCAGCUUGUACUCCUUCUACAUGGGUUCUAACUAUGUAGUAAUGGUCAACAACUAUCAACAUGCCAAAGAAGUGCUGCAUAAGAAAGGAAAAAUUUUUGGCGGGAGACCUCACACGGUGACCACAGACUUGCUAACACUGAAUGGAAAGGACAUCGCCUUUGCUUCAUACAGCCCAUUAUGGAAAAUGCAGCGCAAGCUCGUGCACUCUGCACUUCACAUGUUUGGGGAGGGCACUCUGGCCCUUGAGAAAAUAAUCUGCACAGAAGCCUCUUCCUUGUGUGAAAAUCUGGCUGCUGCACAGGAUUCACCCUUGAACUUAGGAACUGAACUGACAUGUUCUGUUACAAAUGUGGUGUGUUCUCUCUGCUUUAACUCUUCCUACAAGCGUGGAGAUCCUGAGCUUGAAAAUGUUCUCAAAUACAGCAAGGGCAUUGUGGACACGACAUUCAAGCAUAGCCUGGUAGAUAUCUUCCCAUGGCUUCAGUUCUUUCCCAAUAAAGAAUUAGCCUUGCUAAAGAAGAGUUUGAAAGCAAGAGACGAGUUCCUAUAUAAGCAGUUUACAAAGCAUAAAGAAACGUUCAACAAUGAUUCUAUCAAUGACCUCAUGGAUGUACUCCUGAAAGCCAAACUGAACACGGAGAACAACAACAGCCAUCUCCUGCCUGGGCUGGAGCUGACAGAUGAUUACCUGCUCAUGACAGUGGCAGACAUCUUUGGGGCCGGUGUGGAGACCACCGCUACAGUGCUGAAGUGGAGCAUUCUCUACCUCCUACAUUACCCAGAGGUGCAGCAAAAGAUCCAUGAUGAACUAGAAAAAGUCCUUAGCUUUAACAGAUAUCCCCUACUCAAGGACCGUCAGCACUUGCCUUACUUGGAAGCUACCAUUAGUGAAGUUCUGCGUAUCCAGCCUGUCGCCCCACUCCUUAUCCCACAUGAGGCCUUGGAGGACACAAGCAUUGGGGAAUAUAUUAUUCCUAAAGGAACUCAUGUUAUAAUCAACCUGUGGUCCAUUCACCAUGAUGAAAAAGAGUGGGACAAACCAAAGGAAUUUAAUCCAGGUCGAUUCCUAGAUGAAGAUGGAAACCGAAUCUACUCUCCUUCACCCAGUUACUUCCCCUUUGGAGCUGGUAUUCGUGUUUGCUUGGGAGAAGCUCUGGCCAAGAUGGAGCUGUUUCUCUUUCUGGCUUGGACCUUGCAAAGAUUCACACUCAGUGUCCCUGAAGGCCAUGUAUUACCUGAACCAGUGGGCAAAUUUGGUGUUGUGCUCCAAGCACCAGAGUUCAAAGUGAAAGUUACACUGCGGGAAGCUUGGAAGGAAAAGUAA